CGACUGAAUUUUUAUCAGCUACAAAUUUAAUCGAUUCAUGAAAUUUUUAGAUGCCAUAAGAAAGUAGCACCACACCCAGAUGAUCAUCUAAGAAAUAAAUAACGAAAAUGGGGGUGCCAGAAACCAUUGAUGUUGGUUCUCAUGUGUGGCUUGAAGAUUCUGAACUUGCUUGGGUAGAUGGAAUCGUGUUUAGCGUUAAAGGACAUGACAUUGAAGUUCAAACUAGUGAUGGAAGGACUGUUGUGGCAAAGUUAUCAGAGUUACAUUCUCGAGAUGCAGAAUCUCCAGCUGGGGGAGUUGAUGACAUGACUAACCUCCAUUACUUAAAUCAGGCUGAAGUCUUGCAUAAUUUAGCUACUAGAUUUCAAAUAGAUGAAAUAUAUACUUACACAGGAAAUAUUCUUAUUGCUGUCAAUCCAUUUCAAGCUCUUUCACAUUUAUAUGAACCUUCGGUGAUGGAGCGAUACAAAGGAGCAAAAAUGGGAGACCAGACCCCUCAUGUCUUUACCAUUGCUGAUAUUGCAUAUAGGGCAAUGAUUAGUGAAGGUAAAAGCAACUCGAUUCUCGUUAGUGGUGAAAGUGGAGCUGGGAAAACUGAGACCACUAAGAAUCUAAUGCGUUACCUUGCCUAUCUUGGAGGAAAUUCGGCUGCUGAAGGGCGGACUGUUGAACAACAAGUUCUAGAAUCAAAUCCAGUUCUUGAAGCCUUUGGUAAUGCAAAGACUGCCAGAAAUAACAAUUCUAGUCGUUUCGGGAAAUUUGUAGAGAUUCAAUUUGACAAUUGCGGAAGAAUUUCUGGAGCAGCAAUUAGAACAUAUCUUCUUGAGAGGUCACGUGUAUGCCAAAUUUCGGAUCCUGAGCGUAACUAUCACUGCUUUUAUCUUUUAUGUGCAGCACCAAAAGAGGAGAUUGAGAAGUACAAGUUGGGAGAUCCCAAAUCAUUCCAUUAUCUUAACCAAUCCAAUUGUUAUGAAUUGGUUGGUGUUAGUGAUGCAAACAAUUAUCUAGCUACUAGGCGAGCUAUGGAUGUUGUUGGGAUAAGUGAGGAGGAACAAGAAGCCAUCUUUAGAGUUGUGGCGGCUAUUCUUCACUUGGGGAAUAUUGAUUUUGGAAAUGAAGAAGGAGACGUUGAAUCAUCAGUCCUAAAAGAUGAUGAUUCCAAAUUUCAUCUUCAGAUGACGGCAAACCUUCUCAGGUGUGAUCCUAAGUCCUUAGAAGAUGCAUUAUGCAAACGAAAAAUGAUAACACCCGAUGAUGUGAUCAAGAAGAGUCUUGAUACGGGUGGUGCUACAAUUAGCAGGGAUGGUUUAGCAAAGACUAUAUAUUCUCGUUUAUUUGAUUGGUUAGUCGACAAAAUAAAUGUAUCCAUUGGCCAAGAUCCUAAGUCCAAGUGUUUGAUAGGGGUUCUCGACAUUUAUGGCUUUGAAAGCUUUCAAUAUAACAGUUUCGAGCAGUUGUGCAUCAACUAUACGAAUGAAAAGCUACAACAACAUUUCAACCAGCAUGUAUUUAAAUCUGAACAAACAGAGUACACAAAGGAGGAAAUUGAUUGGAGAUACAUUGAAUUUGUUGAUAAUCAAGAUGUUCUAGAUCUUAUUGAGAAGAAAACAGGCGGGAUAAUUGCUCUACUUGAUGAGGCAUGUCUAGUCCCAAAAUCAACUCAUGAGACAUUUGCACAAAAGCUUUACCAAACAUUUAAAGAUCACAAACGAUUUAUCAAACCAAAGUUGGCUCGAUCAGAGUUCACCAUUGUUCACUAUGCAGGGGAAGUACUCUAUCAAUCUGAACAAUUUUUGGAUAAAAACAAAGACUAUGUUGUUCCAGAACACCAAAACUUGUUGAGCGCUUCAGAAUGCUCUUUUAUACAACGUCUUUUCCCUUUAUUAUCAGAGGAGACAAGCAAACCAUCCAAGUUCUCAUCUAUCGGUUCUCGGUUUAAGCUACAAUUGCAACAGUUGAUGGAGAUUUUGAAUUCUACAGAUCCUCACUUUAUCAGAUGUGUGAAGCCAAAUCACGUUUUAAAGCCUUCAAUUUUUGAGAAUCUUUAUGUCAUGCAGCAACUACGGUCUGGUGGAGUUCUAGAGGCAAUCCGAAUUAAAUGUGAUGGAUACCCUGCUCAUAAGAAUUUUGACGAAUUCAUAAAUCGAUAUAGUAUUAUAGCGCCAGAGGUUUUGACCGGGAGUUACGAAGAAAAGGUAGCAUGCAAAUGGAUAUUAGAGAAGUCAGAGAUUACUCAAUAUCAGAUAGGGACAACAAAGGUUUUCCUAAAAGGAAACCAGAUGGCAGAGUUAGAUGCUCAAAGGGCAAAAGUUUAUCGAAACUCUGCCACAGCUAUUCAAAGGAAAGUUCGAACACGAUCAACUCGUAAGAAGUAUGUUCUCAUGCGACAAUCUUCAAUCCAUAUACAAUCUCAAUGGAGAGGCUAUCAUGCUCGGAAGUCAUACAAGGAAAUGAAAAGGGAGGUUGCUGCUGUUAAAAUCCAAAAGAACUUGCGAAGGCAAGUAGCCAGGAGAACCUAUAGUAAUAUUAAGUCCUCUGCUCUUGUCUUGCAAACUGCUUUACGAGCAAUGGCUGCAAGAGAUUACUUUUAUAGUAAAUUGGAAACAAAGUCAGCAACUAGGAUCCAGGCUGAUUGGCGUCGUCGUAGAGCCGUUCUAGACUAUAUGGAACUUAAGAAAACAAAUUCAGGAAAAGACAUGCUACCUCAACAAUCCCCUGCAGGGACUUCGAAAAGCAUGCUUCAUGAAACACAAGAAGAUGAUGGAGUUCCUAGGAAUAAAUCAUAUAAUGAUGUUGAAGAGCCCCCAACUUCUCAUGAUGGUUCUGAUGGUGAAAGAGCUAGCUCUGAUGUCGAGAAUUGGAAGUUCAUGCUUUGGGCAGAAAAGCAAAGAGCAGAUAACGCAGAAAGAAAAUAUGAGGAGUCUGUCGAAUUGUGCGAGAGAAGGCGUGUGAAACUAGAAGAAUCAGAGUUUAGGGUUUACCAACUUCAAGCCUCUUUCAACAGGAUGCUAGAUUCAAUAUCAGAACAAUUCACAGAGCUGAAAGAACUAUUAAAUCAUUCUAACAACUCUGCGUAUACUUCUGGAAGCAAUGCUCCUGCAUCUAAGUUUGCCGCCCUUAGAAAUCGGAAUGCAUUCAGGGCUAUAGUGCAAACUCUUUCAGAGACAGAAGGCAUAGGAGCAGGGAAGGCCAAGAAGAAGGAUGGGGCAUUUGAUGACUACUUUUGACAAAACAUAUAUAAUUUUGGUUGUAGAUAUCAACGAGAAGGUAUUUGAGAUUACUAGUUUAGUAUCCUACGUUGAGAUCCCAUUAGUAUCUAGGUGAUCCUGCCAAACAAAUGCACCAACUUCGUCAUGAUCUUGCAACUAACAUACAAUUUAAUUGACAGCCUAUACAAAAAAAUUGUAAGUGGGAAAUCUAUGUAUAGUCCAGUUGGAGAAAAGGUGGUCCAGAAAAUGACACAUUUAGUAGCACUCAAGCUUCGAUGAAUAUUUCUUAUUUGUUGAUCACUUGCAAUGAAUUAGGGGCGUCCAUCUCUGUCCAGGUAAGCAACAUGCCCCUUGCAUAUAUCACAUAUAUAUUUGCAAGGUUGUGAAUGUAAUCUUUAUUGCUUACUCAUGGUCAGGAUAUGGCAAGGUGAUGGCUCUAUGUUAUUGCACUCAAACUCUUUCAAUAAAGAGUGUUUCAGUGCUAGACAUAUUUUUCUAAUUGGAUGUCUGUAAAUAGAGUCAUUGAAGAUGUGAUGAUUUCUUACAAGUAUUCUUAACAUGGUUGUUGUGUUGAUUUUUGUUGUUGUCUUGUCUUUGAUAUUGUUUGGCUUUAACUGUUUGGAUGAAGUAGUACAAAUUUAGAGUUUGUAGAGAGGGGACCUUGUAGAUUUAGUUUAAACUUCUUUUUUCCUUUGUAUCAACUCAAAAAUAACUACAGAGAUCUUACUAGUUACUAUAGCUUUUGUUCCUGUAGUAGUGUAUAAACAGAAAGUUAUUAUAAAAGCUUGGUACCAAAAGAGUUGCGUUGCAGGUGCCUGAUAAUGUUAUUUAGGGAUAAAAAUUUGCUUCCAAUUUUCUUCUUAAACUAAAAAUAAAACCGAAUAAAUUUGGAUCUUUAUA